GAACGUUAUAUCAUUGACUGUAUUGUCGGUACUGUUGUUGAUGUUAUUGUUAUCAAUAACUUCUAUGGGAUGGUCGGUGUCGGCGACGGCGAUGACAACUCAUGAAAGUCUACAACAACGACAACAACAACAACGACAACAUCAUCAUCAGCGCMRACACCACAGUCGUCACCAAUUGGUUCGGCGAGAAGUUGCUGCGACAGCCGAUUGUAAACAGGCCACCGAUAAAGURGGCAAAUGUUUUCAGAAAAGAUGGCGAUCUAUUGCUAGACUAUCACAAUCGGUAGGUCCAGUGAAUGUCAAUCCCAAUGCGUGUUGUUUGAUUCUGGAGGUUCACUGUGCAUUCAAACCGUGGGUCAAACAGUGUCUGAACAGUACAGCAGAUGAUGAGUUCAACAACGAAAUGAAAAAGUGUAGCGACAAUGGAUUUACGGCCAACGAUGCCAACUGUAUGGCAUUGAAUCCCAAUGAAUCAGUUGACGAAUGUAAAGAGUUUGCCCAAUGUUUUCUGGUCAGACCUAUUGGCAGUCCUACCGCAGCCUCUAUCGCAAUAUCGGGGCUAACAUUACUUUUGAUGUCUGUUGUCAUUGUCAUCAUCGUUGGUGUUAUCUCAUCAACGGUUGUCUAUUGA